AUGCAGCGGGACAACCAUUCGUUGGACUCCUUGGAGGAGGUUUUGGCGAUAAUUGGCCAAGACGAGGACGAGGAGGCCUAUUUCGCUUCUGUCUUGGAUGAUCUCGUAAGUUCAUGUUCUCAAAAUCCUCAAAAGCGCCUCUCAUCUGUUUACUAACAUCUCGUUACAGCCACCUACCGACGUGGAGGAUGUCCCUGCUGACCAAAACACCAGCAACGAGACCACCGAAGCCCGAUCUUUCGCCGGUGGAGAGUUGCCUGUUGCGGCCGCAGAGGCCAGUGUUGAUCUUUCUGGGGGCUUCAUUGCCCAAACUCCUCCAUUCCUUGGACACGACUCUUCUGCUGCUGGCGAGAACCUCUCGCAAACCCCUCCCCAACCUGCUCCUACCGGGUCCAAUGAGUAUGGCAUGGACAUGGGUGCGCCUCCUGGCCAACCCGGAGAAGUGCUCAUGGACUUAUGGGGCCGCCCUUACCUCGCACCCGUCUUUCGCAGUGGCGCCUCAAUGGCACACCCAGGGCAGUCUCGACUCCCUGAGGUUCCCUCACACGGAACCAGCUUCGGCAAUAUGUUCAGCCAAGCACCACCACUCGCCUCCUCCUCUCGCGCUCCUGCUCCUGCUCCCGCUGCCGCUCCCGCCGACCUCCCCGCCGAAUCUCCUCGUGCGUCUGCUGCCCCCGUCGUACCAGCCGGCACACCCUACCGAAAGGUAGAGGUUACGGACUGGGAGCUGAGACAAAUUCGGCCCAGUUACACCAACGCUCCCCAGUCGAGCAUCUUUGACGAAGGCCAGAAACCACCAAAGGCGAGGGGUCGACAAAACGUCGACCGAACCAAGCGAUUGGUUCGGUUGACAGAAGAGGAGUACGAGGAUCUUUGUGUUCGGGUUCGACAGAACCCAAAGAGCUACCGCAAACGAAAGUAG